AUGGAUGAGGAGGAGCAGAACCGCUAUGUGGCCCAGCUGAAGGAGGAGUUUGACAGCUGUGACACUACAGGGACUGGUUACCUGGAUAAAGAAGAGCUUACAUCUCUCUGCCACAAACUGAGCCUGGAUGCCCACCUUCCCUUACUGCUGGACACUUUGCUUGGCACACAGCACUACGCCAGGGUGAACUUUGAGGAGUUCAAAGAAGGGUUUGUGGCUGUUCUUUCACGGUCCUUGGACUUCAGCACAUCUGAAGAGGACAGCAGCUAUCUUGAACCAGUGGUCCCAGAGGAGGUAAAGCCUAAAUUUGUGAAGGGUACGAAGCGAUAUGGGCGCAGGUCUCGUCCAGACACACUCGACUCGGAGCGCACAGCGGACUCUGAAGAUUCACCACCUUUUGGGACAGAUUCACCUGAGAGGAGAGCCAAGCUUAGACGCUCCACCUCACUGGAAAGUGUAGAGAGUCUUAGGUCUGAUGAAGAUGCGGGAAGCAAUAAGGACACUGUUCAUCACUCUUUUGAAGCACAAGGUCAGUUAAAACGGUGGAAGCAGGAGAGCUCAGGUAGUGUACAGCCCUCCGUUAGCCCACAGCAGCAGGAGGUGACGGACGGGCAGGUGAAAGCAGUGUGGAGGGAGCUGGGUGUUGGUACUGAGGGCUCUCUGAGCAGACAGGAACUGUCACUGGUCUGUACCCACCUGGGUCUCAAGGACCUUCAGUCUGAGGUACAUGCUCUUCCGCACCAAGACCACUCCUCCUGUCCACUUUCUGAACUGGAUGCUCUGUUUAAGAAACUGGACAAAGACCAGGACGGGAGAGUCAGCCUCGGUGAAUUCCAGAGUGGACUCUUCAAACACGGGAACUUACCUGCUCCCUCCUCCACCUCUACCCCUGUUCGAGUUAACCCCCAUCGCACUCUCAAACAGGCGUUUGAGGAGCGGGUGGUCCGCUCCACGUCCCCCUCCCUCCUUUCGGCCACUGUGGGCCAGAGGCUGCUGACCCAGCUGGAUGAUGGGUCGGGCUGCACCAGUCCAGAAAGAGUCAUCGCCCUCUGGACUGAGGAGGGCAUCCGGAAUAGCAGAGAGAUUCUACAGACUCUGGACUUUUCGCUGGACGAGAGGCUUAGCCUGGCUGAACUUACUCUGGCCCUGGACAACGAGCUGCUGGUCAGCGGGAACGGGAUCCACCAGGCUGCCCUCAUCUCCUACAAAAAUGAGAUCCAGUACCUACAAGUGCUGGCUGAUCAGGCGUGUCAGGAGAGGGACAAGACCAAAGUCGACCUGGAGCUCGCCCACCGUCGGAACCUGCAGCUGGUCAGAGAGGUGGACGACCGCCAUGCCACCAUGGAGUCACUGAACGAGACGAAAAUCAAGGAUCUGGAGCAGGAGUUUCGGGACAAGCUUACGGCCUUGCGGAGUGAGUCCGAACAGGAGAGCGAGGUGAUCCUGCAGCAGGUGGAGCAUGAACGAGUGAGGCUUCAAAGGGAAGUGGACCUUCUGCGGGCUCGAGACACCAGCCUACAGGAGGAAGUCAACACGACCAUCCAGGAAAGCAGUCGUUUAGAGGAGGAGGUCAGCGUUCUGAGGAAAGAGCUGUCAGAAUCACAAAGUAUCAUCUCCAAACUGCAGAAAGAUCUAGAACAGUUUUCAAGCCUUGAUCCGAACCAGACGGGAGCACUGGGCCAGGAGGAGCGCAUCUCGGAGAUUAUAAAAGACUAUGAGCUGCAGUGCAGGGAACUGCGUGACAGAAACGACGAGCUGAGCUCAGAGCUCGAAGCGUUAAAGAGUCAAGGCUCUGGACGAAGAUCCAGACGGUCGAGAGACAGCAUGUCCGCUCACACCUGGUCCAGCCGCCGAGCAUUAACCGUGGAAUCCGAUUCUGACGACCCUGAAAUGAAGAAGGGCACGUCUCCUCAAGUGAAGAAAAAGCUACAUGUCGGUGAAAAGAACACCUUGGGCUCUCUGGAGAAUCUGUCUGUCCCUGUGAGCAUUGAGACAGAGCUAGCCAUGGAACAACUUAAGGAGAAAUAUGAGCAAGAGGUACAAGACCUGAAGAUACAACUAGAGACCAAGGUGAACUUUUAUGAGCGCAGCAUGGAGCUGAUGCGUCGUAACAUGGAGGUGGAGCGAAAGGACAUCUCACAAAGCUUCAAAGUGGAGAUCAGUGAGUUGGAGGAGCAGAAAGCCCUAGCAGAGGAGAGGGCGGAGCAACUACGGAAGGCCGUGGAGAAGCUGGAGGCGGAGCUUCGGGACAGGGCCGAGGGCGGGACUUUGGCCCCUGAGCAGGAGAGGCGGAUCCAGCGUGAGCGGGCGGAGCUAGAGCAGAACUACGCGCGUGAAAUCGGCAACAUCGUGCACCGCCUCACGUCAGAGAAAGACCAGCUGGAGGCGGAGCUCAAGCUGAAGAUGGACCAGGAGGUGCUUCUGGUGAGGGAGGAGGUAGAGCAGCAGUUGGCGCAGAUGAAGACGCAGUAUAGCGAGGCUCAGCGCAGCCUGCUUCACCAGCUGCACUGUGAGCGCAGCCGGCUGCAGGAGCAAUCCGAGCACCAUCGCAAGGAGGCAGGCCGCUGGGAAGCGCGAGUUCAGGAACUCGAACAGGAGGUGCGCAGGGAGCGCCUCCUCAGCGCUGAGCGUUACGGUGAGGAGCAGGCAGAGAUCUGCAGGAGAGUUGCUCUGGAGAAGAAGAGAAUGGAGGAGGACCAUCAGGAGGAAGUCAGGCAGCUGAGAGAAGAUAUCUGCCAACUGGAAGCUCAGGUUAACUUGAUGUCUAAUGCAGAAGAGGAGUCGGUGAUGUUACAGAAGCAGUUGGAGGAUAAGCUGGAGGAAAUGUGUGUCCAGCUAGAGGAUAACACUGUCUCUAUGAAGGCUCAAGACGCCCUCAUCCAGCAUUUGACCACAGACCUGCAUGCUAAAGAGAAGGAGAUGGAGAUUAAGAUGGAGAGAGAGCGAGAACUUCUCGGUAAACUCUCUCAACUCGAGCAAAAACUGAAAACGGUUCGCGAAAGAGAGAAAACGCUUCUUAAACAGUUGUCUCAUGAAAAACAGGAGCUUCUUGACAAAAUCAGUGAGCUCGAGGAAAAUUGCAGUAAUGAAAAAAUGAGAGAGCAAGAACUUGUUAGGGAGCUGUCUCAGCUGACGUCAGAAGUGGAGACUCUGAAAGCUGAAUCAGAGACACUGAUCAAAGAGAGACAAAUACUACAAGAAAACUGCAGUCAGCUGUCUGCUGCCUUUGUUCAACAACAAACUCAGCUUGGGGAACAAGAAAAAGAACUGGACCAGCUAAGGGGAAACUUGGAGAGAACACAUGAGGCUUUGAAAAACAGAGAUGACGAUCUCUCAAAGCAAGCCACAGAGAUGAACUCUUUAGAGAGAGAUAGAGUUAAGCUUAUAGAGGAGCUGAAGAAUCAAAGUACCACUCUAGAGCAGCUUCAGGUAAAGGUUUCCGGUCUUAAAAAGGAUUGCGACGGGCUGAAGACGAUUGGAAAAACUCUGCAGGAUUCCUUGGACAAGGAGCAGGGCAAGGCCACUCAGCUGCAGACCUUGCUGAACUCCGAGCGAGAGGAGAACAGCCGGCUCCUGCUGGAGAGCCACAGCUACGCUCGGCUCACAGACCAACUCUCUUCCCAGAUUGUUGAAAUGGAGGCCGAGUCAUCCAGACUCAGGGAUGAUCUCCAGGAGUUGAGUCUGGAGCUGCAAAAAAGGGAUAACCAAGUGCUGGAGCUUGAAAACCAACUGGAAGCCAGAUCCAAAGAAAUGGACCUACUUUGGGAUGAAGUUCAGCAGAAGAUGGAUCUUUUGGGAGAAGCUAGUCAUCUUUCCAGUGAAGUGAACCUGUUGACCAACCUUUUGAAAGAGAAGGAUGAAGAACUGUGUUCCCUUCGAGGAGAGACGGACAACACCACAAACCAGCUGCAGCAGUCUCUUAUCAACUCCCAAGCAGAGGUGAAGAGACUAGAGGAAGCCUUUGAAUGUGAGAAAAACCGGAUGAAAGAUCAGCUAUUGGAGAUGGAGAGGCUGGUCGUGGCUCUGGAGACGACGAUGGAUCCGUCCAGUCCGCACAGGGCACAACUUGAUGAAGCCAACUCUGAGAAUAGUGCGCUCAGAGACAGGCUUGCAGUUUUACAACAGGAUGUUAAGACGCUCGAAGAGGAAGUCAGCAAAAAGAAGAAGAAGCUUGAGGAGAUGGAAAGAGAGCAUGAAAGGUUGAAGGAAGAGGGUGAGAAACUGCACAAAGAGAACUCUAAGUACCGCGAGGAGGUGUUGCACCUUAGCGAGCGAAACCUGCAGCUGAGCAGCGACAAUGCUGAGUUGAGUUCCCGUCUCCGUGACGACCAGGAGGCGGCACAGCUGCUGAAGAGGAGGCUGGACCAGGCAUGCCGAGAGCAGGAGGAGAAGGCCUCAGCUGUCAGACAACUCCAGGAAACCAGCAGUCAGCAGCAGAGAGAGAGGAUUCACCUUCAGGCCAGCUGGCAGGCAGAAAGGGAGCUCCUAGAGGGAGAACUAAAAACAGCCAAGGAGAAGCUCCAGCAUUUGACCGAGGUAGAGUCUGAGCUGAGCAGUCUAACUCGGAAACACCAGUUACUACAACAGGAGAAGGAGACAUUGUUGAAGGAUACCGAGGACAGGAACAAGAAGGUUGAAAGACUUCAGGAAUCUCUUCAUGCACUCGAAAGCCAGACAGAUCAGCUUCAAUCCAGACUUCACUCUGCAAGCCAAGAAAAAGAUGUCCUUAGGCAGGAAAUGGCAACACAUCAGAGGAUGUUGCAAGAAUCUCAGGCGAAGGUUCAGGAACUUGAGGCCAGUAUCAAUCAGCUUAUGAAGGAGAAGGAAGAACUUCAGCUGAACCAGACACGGCAGGAAGACGAGAAAGUCCAAGCCCUACAGGAAAAGUACCAGAGCCUCCAAACCCAGAACCAGGAACUUCUACGUAAGGUGGCUCAGCUGCAGACACAGGAGUUGGAAGUACAGAGGUCGACACAUGAGUGUCUUACCCUAAAAAACAAACAGGCACAGCUGGAGACAGCUGUGCUGGAAGCUAAGGAAAAGGCACUGAGUGCGGAGACGGCACUGUCACUGGCCCAGUCUCAGCACAUGCGUGAAGUCCAGCAGCUUCGAGAGCAGACGGGAUCAGGCGUCAGGGAGCAGCUGGCUGACCUCCACGCCCGGUUGGCCGAACAACAGCGCAGGAGCGAACAGCUGGAGGAGCAGCUCCAUACUCAGGCCCAGCAGGCUGGUGCCCAGAUCAGCCUCCAGCAGGAACAGUAUGAGAGGGUUAUGGGAAACAUGCAGGAGAGAAUGGAGGAGCUAGAAGCUAAGCUAAAGAAUUUCCGUAUGAUGCUCCAGGAGAAAGUCAACCAAUUGAAAGAGCAGUUUGCAAAGAACGCCAAGUCAGACUUGCUGCUGAAGGAUUUGUACGUGGAGAACUCUCAGCUCAUGAAAGCCCUGCAGGUGACCGAGCAGAGACAGAAGAGCGCUGAGAAGAAGUCAUUCCUUCUGGAAGAGAAGGUCAUCGCCCUAAACAAACUCCUACGGAAAAUCGCCCCUGCCUCCCUGACCGCUUAG